AUGAAACGAUCAAAAUCCUAUUCCUCUGUGUUUAAUUUGGAGAAUGAGGAGCAAAUUCAAGGACUCUAUGAGUUAUCGGAGGAAGAGAAACUAAAUAUUCAGCGUAGAAAACAAAUUGAACAUUUUAAAAAGGAAGUAAAACAGCUUAGAAGAUAUGUGGAGGAAAUUAAAACUUUUCGGGAUCAAUGGGUGUGGGUCAAAUAUGCGAGAAGAGUUGUGAUGAUCACUCACUUGAUAACGGCAGUGUAUAUUAUUGCAGAAAAAACGUUGAGAGUUUUAAAUAUUUCUUUGUAUCGAACAGUUUCUCAUCAAUUAUCGUUUAGUCAAUUGAUGAAGUCUUGGAUGCAAAACAAAUUUGAACAAAGUAAUUCACUACAAAAUUUAAAGGAUACAUUACAAAAAUAUCAUGAAAAUGUUUCAAGACAAUAUCAAGAACAGAAGCAACGAAGAUCAGAGUAUUUACAAUAUUUAGCCUCUCUACCACCAGAGUCGUUAAACAACCAAGUGUCAUCCACACAAGGAGGAUUGAUAAAUUAUAUUUCAAGUCUAUUUGGAAGUGGUAGUAGCACCAGAAAAGUGUCAACCAAUAUUUUGGAUUUUAUGGACCCAUCCGAUGGAUUGACAUAUUUUGGAGAGGACGGAGUUUUUGCUUCGUAUUUAAAAGAGGCUGAUAGUAACACAUCUGCUUUCAAUUCGUUCACAUCACUAAAGAAUGGGCAUUUUACCAACACCAUGGCACGAAGUAUAUUUGCUUCCCAAGGCUUUCGAGCUAUUGCAAGAUUAUUUUGGAAGGAAACAUUGCAAAGUAGUUCUCUCAUUUUCCUUGUAUAUUGGUUUGGUAAACAGAACAUUCAAAAGAGAGUAUUUGCAACCAUUUUACUCUUUCUAUUUAAUGUUUAUGUGUUGGUAUUUGACAUGCAUUCUGGAUCCUCAGCAAGAUUUAGAACCAUUUUGCGCUGGAAUGUGAUUUUUAAUAUUUUGUCACUCAUAACCUUCUUGCUCUUUAAACAACAUUUGAAUAUUACUACUGAAUAUUUUGACCAAAGAUAUCUGAAAGAUUAG